UUUCCAUAUCGAUCACCUUCAAUAUUAAUUAUGGUUUCGAUUCAUGUUGAAAGUGCUAGUGAGCUUCUUGAAGCUCAAGCUCAAGUGUGGAAUUAUUCAUUGAACUAUGUAAAUUGCAUGUCUAUGAAAUGCGUCAUUCAACUGGGCAUUCCAGAUAUCAUCCACAAACAUGGCCAACCCAUGACUCUUUCCCAAAUAGUUUCUGCACUCGGCGUGAACCCAAAUAAAGGUCACGGCAUUCACCGUCUUAUGGGUGUCUUAGUUCAUGCCGACUUCUUUUCUCAACGAAAAGUCAGCAAAAUUGAUCACCAAGAAGACAAGUAUUUUCUCACACCCUCUUCUCGACUACUCCUUAAGGAUGCACCCUUCAGGGCUGCACCAUUUGUGUUUCUUAUACUUGAUCCACUCAUGGUUAGUCCCUUCCAUUCCUUGAGCGCUUGGUUCAAGAAUGAUGAUUCCACACCAUUUGAAACAACUAAUGGGAAAAACUUUUGGGGUUGUGUGGCUGAUGAACCUAAAUUUAAAAACACUUUUUAUGAUGCCAUGGUCAGUGACUCUCAACUGGUAGCGAGAGUUUUGAUUGAAGACCAUAGAGAGGUGUUUAAGGGGCUGAAGUCUUUGGUUGAUGAGGGUGGUGGCAAUGGAACUGUGGCCGAAAUCAUAGCCAAUGCUUUUCCAGAGAUUCAAUGCACUGUUUUUGAUCUCCCACAUGUUGUUGAUAAUUUGCAGGGGACUAAGAACUUGAAUUUUCUUGGAGGAGACAUGUUUAAGGCAAUACCUUCGGCUGAUGCAGUCUUACUCAAGGUACACAAUUAUACAUAA